CCGCCGGAAAUCGCGGAGCACGUUUUCUGUGGCGUGUUCUACUUCAUUCGCGUGCGUGCAGGCGGUUUGGUUUGCCUUAGGCUUAUCGAAGCUGGUUUGUACGUACCUUGGUGUUUCGCUUAAAGGUAAAAGUCAUGGCGACAAGUUUUAUUGGAUCCGUGUCUCGAAUCUGCCUGAAACCGGCACGAUCCAGUGCUAUGCUACGGGCUCUGAAGCACGAGCUGCCCGGCUCCAAGUCCAUGUCCAGUUCAGCUUUGUCCCGCACUUGCCGGCACGCUGUAAGAUCAAGCCCCGUCCGAACAGUGGUCUGCAGCUACAGCCAAGCGAGUACCAAAGGGGACCAAGAGCUUGCCGACUUUCUCGUGGAAGAAAUAGAAGCCGAGAAGAAGGCAAGGAAGUCCGCGCAGGUUCCCAAGAUCGAAGGGUUUGAUGUUAAAACUGAGGGAUCUGAGGUCACCUUGACGCGGUCCUUCAAUCGAGAAACGAUCACAGUCCACUUGAAUGUGAACCACUCUGUGGAUGCAGAAGAUGCGGAUGAGUUCAGUGGCAACCAAGAUAAUGCUCCGGAACCAGGAGAGAUGAAAUCGAAGCCCAACUUCACCGUAGAGAUAGAGUGUGGUGGCAAAAAGCUUUUCUUCAGCUGUACCUUCAACGAAGUGGCUGAACCCGAGGGUCAAUCUGAAAACUAUGCUGACAGUUUUGGUGUUGCUGAAUUUGCCAUAUAUGAAGGGGAAUGGACGGAUGCAGUCUAUACAGUGUCUGGUGACAUUAUGGAUGGGUAUCUGUAUGACCUGCUGAUGAACAUGUUGGAGGAACGUGGAAUCUCCAGCGAGUUUGGCUACAAUCUUGUCAACUUCUGCACUGUUUACGAGCACAGUCUUUAUAUUGGCCUGCUGGAAAAGCUGAAGGCUUUUGUCUCAAAACAGUAGAGCUGUGCCUUGGGAUGAUGAAGCCUGUUUUCAGAGACUCUUUUAGCACUAUUCAUGUAGAUACAUUUAUACCCUGUGUGUAAGCAGCACAUGUGGACACAGUCUAUUGUGUUGAAGUAUACAGUGAAUUGGUAUAUUGUGCUGAAUUUCUCGCAACGUUCACUAAAGCACAAGGUUAUUUUCAUUGUGAACAAUAAAUAAAUGUUAGUAAGUGUGUA